AACAAUUCGUUCAUAACAUUAUCGAAGAAAGGUAUUUUAAUACACAAAUAGUCAAAUACUAAUCUAGAUGAUAUAGAUAGGGUAAUAGAUCUAUACCUAGAUAGAAGAUAGAUCUAGAUUAACUUCUAAAGCUACAAAUUAAAAGCGAUGUCAAGACAAGCCAACAGAGCUGGAGACCCCCGUAAAGUUAAUGGUGAACUGUUUACAUUGACCUAUGGAGCUCUUGUGGCUCAGCUGAUCAAAGAUUAUGAAAAUGAUGAGCAAGUCAACAAACAACUGGAUAAAAUGGGCUACAAUAUGGGAGUGAGACUGAUUGAAGAUUUUCUUGCAAGAGCCAACAUGGGAAGAUGUAAUGAUUUUAGAGAAACUGCUGAUGUUAUAGCCAAGGUUGCCUUUAAAAUGUACCUUGGACUGACGCCUGUUGUGAGUAACUGGAGUGCAGCUGGAGAUGAGUUCUCACUAUUGUUAGAAUCAAAUCCUCUCACAGAGUUUGUGGAGCUGCCGUCUGGUCACAAUAACCUCAAUUAUUCAAAUUUGAUGUGUGGUGUAUUAAGAGGAGCUUUGGAAAUGGUUCAAAUGGAUGUUGAUGUCAGAUUUGUACAAGACACGCUGAAAGGGGACAACAUCACAGAAAUUAGGCUGAAGUUUAAUAAAAGACUUGAGGAUGCAGUUCCUGUUGGAGAGGAUUAGUGCGUUUAAUUUUAAUUUCAACAAAACACACUUUGACACAUUAGUAAGAGGCAUAGAGGCAUGGCACAUUGGUAUGAAUGGUUAAUUGUGCUGUUCAAUCAUGAAGAAUGUAUUUGUUUUAUUUAUUUUUUAUAUAGUUUCAAGUUUGAUGAAGUAAACAAAAUAUAUCUUCUUGUUUCUAAAAAUGUGGAACAAAUGAAACAUAAGUAAAAAUGUCAAUAAUUAUUUUGAGUUUCUUUUUUUUUUUUUUUUUUUUUUUUUUUUUUUUUUUUUUUAAAAUAUGUGUUCUCUAUUUAUAGUCAUAUGUUUUUAGUCUAUGUCAUUGAUUGAGUUAAAGGUCAAAUGGAGACUUAUUUUCUCAGGAAUUGAGGGAAUUUCUAAGUUCAUUUAUGUUAAAAAAAUCAAUAUAUUCCUUCAAAAAUGGUGAAUUCUGUUUGUAAGUGCCAAAAACCAAUGAAACAUUAAGGUCUGGAAUAGUUUGUUAACCUAAUAGAUGUAUCAAUUUGUACAUGAAGUGAAGAUGACUGCAUAACGUUUGUUUAAGGGGGGAUGGGACAAAAGAUUAUAUCCUUUUUUUUUUCUGAAAACUACUUAUAGUUUCUUUUUAGCAUUAAAUCUUAAAUUCUACAUGGCUGUGUAUUUUCCCUUUUCCUUAUUGAAAUAUUUCAUUGUCCAGCUGAUAACUUAAAUAAACCAUCUGCAUCAUUGUAAAUAAAUAUAUGUGAAGCAUAAAUCUACAUUCCUUAUUUUGGUCAUCGAUUUAACUGUUUAGAUUAGAUCUAAACCUAACUAAAACAUACUCAAAAUACAAAUAAAUUUCAUUUUUGUUUUUUUAUACACAAAUACAGUACAUACUUUUAAACUCAGUAGAUUUUAAUUUGUCUUUGCUUUAAAAAAAUGUUUAGUAACAGUAUCAACAUUUUAAAAAAAUACUGUUACUACACAUUUUUUUUAUGUUCAGAAAAGUUACAGUCUGUUUGACAAUCCCAGAUGAAUUUUUAAUUGUUAGACAGCCUUAUUUUUGUUUCUAAUUGUUGUUUUUUUAUGUUAAUUUCCUUAUGAUUGGAUUACUUUGUUCUGUUGAUUGGAUCAUUUGUUCUUUAUACUUUAAUGUUGUGUCUACAUUCAGUUUUAAAGUGUUUAUAAUGCAUUUCUAUAGUUUUAAUCAGGGCUUUUUUUGUGACGUUCCGCACCGGUAUGGCGUACUGGCACCUUUUUUGAAAAAAUUAUUACUUUUCUUGUAUUUUAACGUAUAUUAUUAAUUUUUAGUGCUUAAAAGUUAGGCAAUCAACUACUGAGUACCGGGACCUAAUCACUGAGUACAGCACCUAUUUUUUUUUACAAAAAAAGCACUGGUUGUAAUCAUGUACAAUUUUUAUAGAAAUUAAAUCAGUAAAUGUCAAUGUGAGACUUGCUGUUUUGGUACUUGAAAAAUAAUGUAUAAAACAUCCAGCUUCAGUCAUCUUCAUUCACCUUACUUUACACUUCUUUUAAGUGUUAGUUUUUCCAUCAACUAUUUUCAUAUUUGCAUUAUAGAAAACUAAAUAGUCUAAUCUGUGUACAAUAGAAUUCUUUUGGCUUUACUUAAGAUUUAGGUUUGUAAAUUUCUUUUUGUUUUUUUUUUAUGACGAUUUUUGCUAAUUUUGUUUCUCUUUCAAUUUACUGUUAUAUUCUUUUCUUUUGCAAUUUGAAUAAAUGUGUCUGUGAGUUUUUUAUCUGGAUUUACAUAUAUAAAUUAUUGCAUUAAUCAGAAGGUUGUUUGCUAGUAGACAUUGUUUGUUGUUUUACAUGAAGCAAAAUGUCAUUACUUUAAAAAUAAAAAAUUGCUUCAUUAAAAAAAAA